AUGUUACAGACUGCGGCUCUCCCCCCCUACGGUGCGCGCCGACUUCGACGAGUGGAGCUGGGCGGCGGCGGCGGCGGCGGGGCACUCGACCGCUCCCACGCCUCGCCGCCCGACCACUCUUCGACCGCUUCGACGCUCGCGCUGAUCGGCGAGCAGCGGCCGAGCCGCAUCAGCUGGUUCUGCGGCGGCGCUCUGUUGAACGAGCGGUUCGUUGCUACGGCCGCCCACUGCCUCGGCCAGUUCCAGAAGAACCGCCUGCUGGUGCGCGUUGGCGACUUUGACCUGCACUACGACACGGACGCGGCGCACCAGGAUCUGCUGGUGGAUCGCAUCUACCUGCAUCCGGCGUACGAGCACUACCGCAAGCACAACGACCUGGCGCUGCUGCGCCUGAGCACUGCGGCGCGACUGGGGCCGCUCGUGAGGCCCGUGUGCCUGCCGCCAGCCGGGGUCAACCUCACCGGCCAGUGGACGUCCCUGGCCGGCUGGGGCCACACCGACUUCGGCGGCGAGUCGUCGGCCGUUCUGCAGGAAGUGCGUCUGCCGCUGGUCGAUACGGCUACUUGCGAAGCUCACUACAGGACGCUGGGCAACAACUUCCAGCAGGACUUCGCCCCAGGGUUCGGCGACACCAAGAUCUGCGCCCACGACACAACGGGCCACGACUGCGGCCUCGUCACCCCGACGGUGCGCGCCGACUUCGACGAGCUGGAGCUGCGGCGGCGGCGGCGGCGGCGGGCACUCGACCGCUCCCACGCCUCGCCGCCCGACCACAUCUUCGACCGCUUCGACGCUCGUCAGUACGACACGGCCGAGUACGACCCCGACUUCGCGCCGUACACGGAGCCGCCGCCCGCGGAGUACCGCCGGCGCGUGAGCCAGCAGCUGGGCGAGGUGCAGUUCAUCACCGGAGGCCAGGACGCCAUCAUCGGUCGCUGGCCGUGGAUCGCGCUGAUCGGCGAGCAGCGGCCGAGCCGCAUCAGCUGGUUCUGCGGCGGCGCUCUGUUGAACGAGCGGUUCGUUGCUACGGCCGCCCACUGCCUCGGCCAGUUCCAGAAGAACCGCCUGCUGGUGCGCGUUGGCGACUUUGACCUGCACUACGACACGGACGCGGCGCACCAGGAUCUGCUGGUGGAUCGCAUCUACCUGCAUCCGGCGUACGAGCACUACCGCAAGCACAACGACCUGGCGCUGCUGCGCCUGAGCACUGCGGCGCGACUGGGGCCGCUCGUGAGGCCCGUGUGCCUGCCGCCAGCCGGGGUCAACCUCACCGGCCAGUGGACGUCCCUGGCCGGCUGGGGCCACACCGACUUCGGCGGCGAGUCGUCGGCCGUUCUGCAGGAAGUGCGUCUGCCGCUGGUCGAUACGGCUACUUGCGAAGCUCACUACAGGACGCUGGGCAACAACUUCCAGCAGGACUUCGCCCCAGGGUUCGGCGACACCAAGAUCUGCGCCCACGACACAACGGGCCACGGCAGGGACUCUUGCCAGGGCGACUCCGGCGGACCCAUGACCUUCCGUGACCCGGCGUCCGGUCGAGUUCAGCUGGUGGGCAUCGUGUCGACGGGCGUCGGCUGCGGACAUCCGACCUUUCCGGGCGUGUACACGAGGGUGGCCAUGUACGUGGACUGGAUCCGGCAGCGCGCCUUCGGCCGCGACUGAGCGUCCGCCCGUCCCGGCCUGGACCGGCCCGAGCACUCUGGCAGCGGCGGCGGCGCGGCGGCGCGGCGUGUCGCUUCGCCCGGCGAGGCUCUGCUGAAUUAUGGAUGCCAUGUGCCAUGGCCUGGAAUGUCACUCGAAGUGUGCAAAUGUGAAUUGACGAUGUAGCCGCUUAUGCAGUUCUCUUCUGCAGCAGCUUCUCGCGCGGUUGAGAUGCUGUUUGAGUUUCUCCAUGCAUGUUUGCUACAUGAGGACUGGCACGUGACCCACGCAUGAGGAGGAAUCGAGGAGCAAAACUAAUAAGCGAAGGGGCCAUUUAGGACUGUGGACAACGUAGCGCGUGCUACAAUUGAUGCAAUUGACACAAUACAUGAUACAAUUGAGGUUGAAUCCCACCAAAAGGUCAGUAUUGAAAAACGCUGUCGUAACCAAACGUGAUGAAAUUCACUGCAAACGUCUGGGAAAAAGCCACCAUAGCUUAUGUUGCUGCGUGUAGCGAUGAAGGUUGAAUUGUGACAAGCUCUCUAAAGCAUCUAAAGUGUCUAAAGGGAUAGA